AUGUACACACAGACACAUGUAUGUACAUACACACAAACACACACACACAGACACAUGUACACACACACAUACAUGUACAUAUACGCAGACACAUGUAUAGAUACACACAUGUACAUGCAUACACAAACACACCCACCUAUAAAAAGUUGCAGUACUUCGGUGUUCACUCACAGAGCUGGGUGCUACACUCUAGGGGGAGGCAGAGAGCACAGCACACACUUUUUCCUUUGCUUUCACUGCGCUCAGCUAUCAAGCAGUCUGACGGCUCCCAGUGCCAAUGACAGAUCCGGCCUGAGCUCCGAGCCUGCUCAGCAAGACGGCCCUGGGGGAUACACUCACCCCCACCAUAAUUUCCACUCACCAUUGGCAAGCAAGCGAGUGGAAAUGUCAAGGCCUGCCCUA